AUGUGCUUGGAGGCUCCCGGGGAGCUGGGCGCAGCUAAGGGGCUUAAGGGCGAGGAACUUCAGCUGCGCCAGCGGCGCAGCGCUGCCCCCCGCCCCCUUCCCGGCGGCGAGCCCGAGCCCGACGACGCGCUGACGAAGCAGAAGGCCAGGCAGACCCGACUCCAGGAGGCCAGGCCCAAGGCCAACACCGCAGUUGGCGAGGGCACAGCUGCCGGGAAUUGCGACGACGUGUCGACCGCGGCCCCUGGGCUGAGCAAGUGCGUGGACACCAUGGAGGAUUGGCUUCCGCUGAUGAGCUUAAUGGCGUACGCUAAGCCGUCGGACCCCUCGACGGUGGCGUUGCCGGACGGGCUGGCGGCUGACAACGACGUGCUGAUCACCCCGCUGACCGCGCUGAUAACGAAGGCCAGCGAGCAGGAAACGGUCGCACAGCCUGCGGCAACAGAGGCGAUUGCGGAGGUGCUCAAGACGGAGCUUGGUAAGUGCGAGAAGUUUGCGAAGCACCUCUUGGUGAUGGCUUUGCUGGCUGAGCACCGCUGGUCCGCGGCAGACGGCAAGUUCAGCGGCAACAUCACGGUGGCGCCGAUGCUAUCAUAUUAUUAUGACGUCAGGGCAUAUGCGAUCGCGAGGUUCAAGUUGCAGGACGCUUUGGGGCAACGUCGCGACUCGGGCAAGACUUUGCCCUUCGUCGCGAAGUUCAUCGAGGCCAUCGAACCGUUCUACUUCUUAGAGAUCAUCGGGCGGAGGGUGGGCCUCUGCCUCACCGAGCUAGACAUCAAGACGCUGCCCCGGGAAAUUGAUUCGGCGAAGGAAUUGCAGGACAAGUUCACGAAGUGGAUCGAGGGCUCCUGCAAUGAGGUCGCUGCCGCGGUGGAUCGCUGGGACGAGAAGCAGACCAACGCGAAGAUUUCACAGCAGAAGAAGGCCAAGGCGGAAGAGGGGGCUAGGCAGAAGAAGGCCGCGGAGGCCAAGGUGAAGGCGGCACAGCACAAGGAGUCCACUGCGGUGCCCACGCUCUUGUUCGACGCGACCAACGAUGUAGUCAGGCAGAUCAAGACGUACGACGACGAGGCUGAGUACAAGAAAGCCGUGGAGAAGAGCGAGGUCAACGCCACCGCUCCAUUCAUGAUCAAGACGAGCGAGACGCUGGCGGGCUUGAGCAACGAGCGUAGCAUCAGGGCAGCGAUGGGCGUCUUCCGCAUUCAGCUCCCAGGUUCGGCGAUGUUCACGGCCGAGUCGCGCGGGCACGGUCCUUGCCUUGCCGAUAUGGUCGACGCCCCCAAGGAGCUUGAGAACACGAUCCUCGACAAGACGUUCAAGCAGCUGUUGAUGUUCGGCCAGGACACCACCUACAAUAACUGUUCGCUGGAGCGGCAAGGCUCGGCCGCACUUUGCUACCAGGUCACGGGUUCGAGGCGUGUCUGCGUCUUCAGCUACAGGGCGUUGCUCGACUACUCGGUCCAGGCGAACAGCGUGCGCGGCGCCUCGCAGGACCUCUUCGAGUGGGCGGCCGACCUCAUCAAGGGAAUCCAGGUGAACGAGCAGCUGGAGUUGGUGAAGACACCGAUCUGGAGGGCAACUAUUCCGCAGGGCUCGUAUGCGCGCAUUCCGAUGGGCCCGUUCGCGCUGCAGCGCAGCGUCGGUGAGAACCUCGUCGCGGGCUUCGGGGCCAGCGUCGUGACCCUCAACAAGGAUUGGGGAUGUGCGUAA